CAAGAUUAUUCUACACAUCAAACAAAAUCAGUUCAGAGCUGUGAUGGAGUAUCAGACACAGACAACUACAAAUCAAGCAGUACAGACAAUUUCUGUCUUGUAUCACCAUCCAAGAGAAACAGAACUGAAGUUGUUCCCACAGAAUUAACUGUGCUCUCUGUUUCAAAAGUCCAGAGUGCAUUUCAAGUAUCUAAAGUUAUUAAACAGCAGCCAAACAUAAUCAAAGUCAUAGCUUACAGAAAUGGCACAAGUCAGAUUUUUGCCACAUAUUCCUUACCUCUCGUGUUCAUUUAGCUGCUAGAGGAGUGCUCUGAAAAGCUGAAUCUGAACAUGGCUGCACAAUGAGUGUUCUUGGCAGAGGCCACUGAAGCACUAGAACCUAAAGUCGUACCCCAUGAUGCCAACGUUUCUAUUUCGACUGAAGAGGCCUUUUUAUAGCCAUUCAGAAAAAUGAAAGACCAUCUGUCAUUAAUGAAGAAAGUAUCUUGGAAAGUGAAUGGCCUCGUUCUUCAUAAGGGUCUCAAGUAAAAGAAAGCCAAGCCUGUCAUUUCCAGCUGCAUAUUGAAAAUUAUUGAGGACAACUCUGACAGAAGUUUAGUUCUUAAGAAUUGGUCGGGGCAGGUUAACAAUGAGAGUGUUGCGCCACAAGAUCAAAUUAAACAGCCCUCCUCUGAGAUUCUAGAAGGGUACAGACAACUGAAGCACAACCUUCCACUUAGCUUCGUAGAAAAGGAAUUCAGUUUCACGUUCCAUGGCUGGAAUGUGGGAACUGGGGAUGGCUGGCAGAUCUGCCUCAAAGGUGCUUUUCUAGAUCAAAAAUAA